AUGGCGCACGUUGGAAAAAUUGGCGAAUUUGUCGAGGGGUCUGAAAACUUCACGUGUUAUGUGGAGCGCAUGGAGCAGUAUUUUGCCGCCAACGAUAUCACGGAUAAGAAGGUAGCAGUAUUUCUAGCCGUUAUGGGGCCUCAGACUUACAGUCUUCUAAGAAAUAUAAUGACACCUGAUUUACCUAGUACGAAGACGUACGAUGAAAUCGUAACAGCCCUCAAAGGACAUUUCAUGCCAAAACCGUUAGUUAUCGCGGAGAGGUUUAAGUUUCACAACCGAAGUCAGAAGGAGGGGGAAAGUGUAGCGGAUUAUGUAGUGGGUUUGAAAAAGCUAGCAGCUCACUGCGAGUUCGGUAACUUUCUGUCACAAGCACUGAGGGAUAGGCUUGUUUGUGGGCUUCGGAGUGAGUUCAUUCAGAAAAAGCUAUUAGCUGAAAAAGAUUUGACAUUGGAAAAAGCCUGUGAAAUUUCUGUUGCCAUGGAGACCGCCGCGAGGAACACGACGGAAAUGAAACCAGGGCAUGUGCCGGGGCAAGUAAACAAAGUGUUCAAAGGACCCCGACAACAGAAACGGGAUUUUAAUAAGAAACCCAGGGCAGGUGAGUCGAAAUCGACAACAGACAAUGCAAAUAUUAAAAAACCAUGUUAUCGUUGUGGUGGAAAACAUUCAGCAGAUGUGUGUACGUUUAAGGACGCCAGAUGUUAUGCAUGUUCAAAAACUGGGCAUCUUGCCAAGAUGUGUUUGUCUAAGAAAAAAACUGUCAAGGCUAAGUACUUACAAGAGGUCGAAGGGGCCUGUAGUGACCGAGAUCUAGGAAUGUUUGGAAUAGUUCAAGCGUCCACCGCACGAGGCUCGACAGCUGGAUACCAAGUUCAUAUGGAGUUAGAUGGGAACUGUGUCAAGAUGGAAUUGGAUACUGGAGCAGCUGUGAGUAUUGUAUCUGAAGAGCUGUACAAAAACUGUUUGACUAAUUUACCCUUACAACCAACUUCAGUACAGUUGAAAACCUACAGUGGUGACAAAGUGGAGUUGUUGGGGAAGGUUGAUGUACCAGUCAGGUAUGGAAAUCAACAUGUGACUUUACCUUUGAUUAUAGCAAGGGGAGAUAAGCCUUCCUUGCUUGGCCGGAAUUGGUUGAAGACUAUCAAGCUCGAUUGGAAAGAGGUUUUCCGUGUUCAUUCGGUAUCAAAGGAACCUACCAGUCGUCCGUCAGUCGGAGUGGAGGAGCUGAAGUCCAAGUACAGUCAUUUGUUCCAAAAGGAUGUGGGGACAAUAAAACAUUUUAAGGCACAUAUACACAUAGACCCGAGCGCGAAACCGAUAUUCUGUAAAGCACGACCAGUACCCUUUGCACUUAGAGAGAGUCUCGAGAAGGAACUCGACCGACUAGAGUCACAGGGAAUUAUAAGCAAAGUAGACCGCAGUGACUGGGCUACGCCCAUCGUGAUUGUUCCAAAGACGGACAAGUCUAUACGGUUAUGUGGUGAUUUUAAAGUUACUGUCAAUCAGUGUCUGGAUGAGCAGCAGUACCCAUUACCAAAUGUUGAUGACAUGUUUGCACAGUUAGCAGGGGGAGAACAAUUUACCAAACUUGAUCUAUCGCAAGCUUAUCAACAGUUAUUGUUGAACAGUGAUUCCGAACAGUACCUGACCAUCAACACCCAUCUGGGGUUGUAUAGAUAUCAUAGGUUGCCGUUUGGAGUGUCCUCAGCUCCCGCGAUUUUUCAAGCAGUCAUGGAUCAGAUCUUACAGGGCUUGGAUAAUGUCCUGUGCAGGAUUGAUGAUAUCCUGAUUACCGCCCCUACCAAGGUGAAGCAUCUCGCAACACUGGAAGAAGUGUUAAAACGUCUGGACCAUCAUAACAUCCGUUUACGGACUGAUAAAUGCAAGUUCAUGGAAGAUGAGGUUGAAUACAUGGGCCAUAUGAUCAACCGAGAAGGUUCGCACCCAACCACAGCCAAAGUAGAGGCCAUUAGGGAAGCACCCAGCCCAACCAAUGUGACAGAGUUGAAGUCUUUUUUGGGGCUCCUGAACUAUUAUGGGUCAUACUUACCUAGCUUGUCAACAACCUUGCAACCAAUGCAUGAACUCUUACAAAAAAAACAGUCAUGGAAAUGGACCAGUGAAUGUGAGACAGCAUUCCGGAAGUGUAAGGAAAGACUUUCAGAGAACACUGUGUUAGUGCAUUAUGAUGGUAACAAACCAUUGAAGCUGGCAUGUGACGCGUCGGCCUACGGAUUGGGUGCUGUUAUAUCGCACAUAAUGGAUAAUGGCGAGGAAAGACCCAUCGCGUUCGCUUCGCGUACCCUGGCUCCUAGUGAAAAGAACUAUGCACAAAUAGAGAAAGAGGCCUUAGCACUCAUCUUUGGUGUGAAGAAAUUUCACAAAUAUCUGUAUGGUCGAAGAUUUACACUAGUUACAGAUCAUAAACCAUUGACGACCAUCCUGGGACCAAAAACUGGAGUGCCAACUCUGGCAGCAGCUCGCAUGCAGCGCUGGGCAUUGAUUUUGUCUGCGUACCAGUAUGACAUUGUAUACCGGAAGGCUGCAGAACACGGUAACGCUGAUGCGUUUUCGAGAUUACCGGUUCAGGGGAAGAUAGAGCCCGAGGAGGCAGCCAUCUUCAAAUUUUCACAUGCAGAUGAACUUCCGGUGGAAGCCGAAGAUAUUAGUCGAGCAACACGGAAAGAUCCGAUUUUGUCGCGCGUGCUGGACUACGUUCUGAGCGGAUGGCCAAACCAUGUAACAGACACGGAGCUCCAACCCUACUUUCAACGCAGAGAGCAGUUGUCGACUGAGCAGGGGUGUAUCCUGUGGGGACUCCGUAUUAUCAUUCCGCCUGCGUACCGUGAACGAUUACUUGCCGAUCUUCAUGAUCAACACAUAGGUAUCUGUCGGAUGAAAGCCUUAGCUCGUAGUUACCUAUGGUGGCCAGGUCUCGAUCAGGAAAUUGAACAGCAAGUUAGUGCUUGUAGUGUGUGUCAGUCAGUACGGAAUCUUCCUGCGACAGCACCACUCCAUUCCUGGAGUUGGCCAACCCGCGUAUGGCAGCGACUCCAUAUUGAUUUUGCGGAGAAGGACCAGCAAUACUUCUUAGUCCUUAUCGACAGUCAUUCGAAGUGGUUAGAAUGUGUGGAUAUGUCGACCACGACAUCAACCAAGACCAUUGAGGUAUUGCGUUCGCUGUUUGCAUCAUAUGGUCUCCCCGAGGAGAUAGUGUCCGACAACGGACCACAGUUUAUCUCAUCAGAGUUUGAGAUGUUUUUGAGGCAGAAUGGGGUAAAACACACAUUGGUGGCACCCUAUCACCCAGCCUCUAAUGGAGCUGCUGAGCGCAGUGUGCAGAUCCUGAAACGAACAUUGUUAAAACAAGUAUUAGAUGGAGAUAAGUCUCUAUCAAUCAAGCACAGACUGGCCAACUUUCUUAUCACGUACCGCGCUACACCGCAUACGGUGACUGGUGUCUCACCAGCGGAACUUUUCCUAAAGAGGCAAAUGCGUACUAAACUUACCUUGCUCAAGCCUAACUUGGGAAAGCGAGUCAGCCUUCAACAGGCAUUUCAAAAGAAACACCAUGACAAGGGACGUGUUCGCGUUAGGACAUUCUCGCGUAACCAGUCUGUACGUGUUCGAAACUUCCGUGGAGGGAAGGAAAAGUGGAUCGUAGGAUCUGUGGUGAAACAAUUGGGACCUUUGACGUACUUGAUACGUGUCGGUAGAACAUUCAGGUAUGUGCAUGUGGACCAUAUCCUGGCUACGGGUGAGGAAAAUGUUGAACCGUUUCAACAUGAUGACCAACAAAUUGUGAGUUGCCCAACAACCAUUCCGAUUGAAGAAAAUCCAAUCGCGAGUGAUCUUCCUGACAUUAAGAUUGAGGACAAACCAAUGGUGAACGUUUCACCUAGUACCCCCAAGGUUAUUGCAGAACCUAGUGAAAUCGCGUUAACACCCGCGCGUACAAGUGUCGCGACUCCCCAACCAGAGAGACGCUAUCCAGCUCGGGAACGACGAGCUCCCCAUAAGCUGGACUUGUGA